CAGCUGUCCCCAGAACACAAGAAGCAAAAACCACGGCACCAAGCGAGCAAAAUGACUUGGCCAAGGGCACAGAGCAAAUUCGCCACCGCAGCAUCGUCCCUGCUCCCGUCAGUGGCAGACCAUGCGGCACUGUCCUUGCGAUUUCCUGCUCUGCCCCUUCGAAGAACACGAGAAAAACUCCUUCCCCCGAGAGUCGGAAGGAAACUGGGGAGCAUAAAGAAAAGUUAAUUGCUUUAACACACCCCCAAACUAUCGCAAAGAGAGAAUCAAUUCACGUGUCGCUCCAGAAAAAAAAGCUGUAAUUCAAGGAAAAAAAAAAAAGUAAAAGCCCUUGCUAGGAGGAGAUGCACCGAGGAAGGCAGCAACAAGUGCUGGCAGCGGGGCGCUGCGGGGAGCUGGCAGCGGUGCCUCCUCACCGCCCGCCCUCUCUGGCACACAUGUAACACGAAACUUCCAAUCUCCGGGACAACCAAUAACAAAAAAAAAAAAAAAAAAAAAAAAAAAAGGCAGAGACAACAGCUGGCUGUCAGCAGCAGAGCAGAUUGGAGCCGAGCGAGGAGCGAGACACAAGCCAGGAUGAGGGGAGAGAUGACGUGAAAGUUUAAGACGACAGAAAGAACAAGAGGAGCAGCAGAGUUCGUGGCGCGGCUGGGGCAGAAAUCCCAAAGCAGCAAGAGCUGUUCAGUCCAGUGUGCAGUCAGAAGUGAAGUCGAACGGAAAAACAUUUGCUUCCUCACCGGUAGGUUGACGACUGCACCACCACCAUCAAACUUUGAUCCUGAAGAAGUUCAAACCAAGCAUAAAGCCUGGAGAGGCUGAGCCAGAAUGUCAUCGGAAGGCUUUCUGAAGGAAAUGCAAACCAUUGGUGAGAAGUUUCUCCUUAAGCUCCAGAAACUGCCCAAGGCUGACCCGGUGGAGAUUGUGUCCUUUUGUGUGGUGGUUCUGUUUAUCGUUACUGUUCUGCUGCUCAUGAUCAUUGCCUGCAGUUGCUGCUGCUAUAGCUGCUGUAGCCGUGACAGACAUCCUGACCGCAGACGUAGGAAGAUCCAAGUCCGCCCAGCUGCCCAUUCAUGAAGUACAACAAGAGGUGACACAACCUACUAUGAAGGACAUGCAUGGACAUCGUGAUUCAGUCCUAUGGGAAUGACUGUCUACACUAGCUCACUGAAAAUGGCAAUAACAGUAUUAAUUAAUAUGACUCAGAGGACCAGAAAUCACAGCAUGGAAUUCCUUCUUUCUGUGACAGCUACUACUAGGCUCCGUGGUGCGACCACAAAGGUAACGCUACUUUACCAUCACUGUCCCCCUCUUCUGGGGUGGGGUGGGGGUGCAUGGACACAUGCUGCUGAGAAAAGAGACAUGCUCUCCCAAUGACAGCCCUUCAGCUGGGCUAGCCAAGGAUUCCCUUUGUGAGCACGGAGCCACAGACCAAAGCAGAGAACACGUACACUGCCACAUGCUAGGCAGCACCUACUCUCUUCACAAGUGGCUAAUCCAGAAGGAUGGUGCUGGGCAGUAGCAAAACCCACGACAUCACUAGGAGGUCCACACACUCAGCACAUCUUGGAUCAAGCCCAAACCUGCUCUCUCAAAAGCUGCCUACAACAGACAUGUUAGCUGAGGUGUCUGCUGAAAACAACAAAUUGUGGACCUUGUGAUCGAGACACGCCAGCUGAGGCUCUGAGUGCAGCUGGUAACAAUUGCUUCCUGCUUUAUUUCCUCAGUGUUACAAUAAUGUGAAAUUGCCAAAGAGAAAAAUCAGAUGAUGUGCAAUACCCUUUGUAAACAGAAAGGGAAAAACUCACCAAUGCUAUGGCUUAAUUUGAUUAUUCUGCUGCUAAAUGUGCUCCCUCCCCACCCCCUGUGUGGUUCUGUUUUUCUGCUUAUUACAGGUGAAUAGUUCUUACAGAGCAUGGGAGUCACAGGAGAUGAACAAAUCCCUAUCCUUACUUGAGGGACUUGUAUGCCUGACUCCCUGCACUAUGUGCAGUUUAUUUUAGUGGACAUAAAUAUUAUGCCUAAGGUAUGUUUCUUAGCAUACACACAGGCAUUUCAGAUGAGUGACAUACAGUAUGGUAACUGCCACUUCAGGGUAUACAAGCAGUAGCUGACAAUGGGCACCGUGACAAAGCAGAGACAGGAAUGAGCUGUAUGGCUGAAGUUAACAAGUGCAAAUAAAUCCCUUUUCCAUGCUGCA